UUGCAUGGCAGGGAAGGCUUAUUUUCUCAGUGGGACUCUGUGUGCCAGAGAACCAGGAUUAAAGACCGCAACCAGUCACCGAAUAAGAAAAUCACUGAGAAAAGAGAAACAGCUGGAGAUAGGCCAAAGUCUCUGCCAAGAGAUGCUUCAGUGAGUGAGUGCAUUCACUCUGAUGAGCGGCCCAGAGGAUAGCUCUUGAGAAACAGUUCCUGAAUUAGCUUUUAGUCUUGUUAUCUGGCAGUGAACUUUAUAGCUUUCACAAAGAGGAGCAGGCUUCACAAUCCUGCCCAGUGUCCUUCCAGUGAUGACAUACUGGAUGUCAUUGGGCUGUAUGAGAAAGACUGUCAGGACUCUAGUUGAAGAAACCUGUUAGUGAAGGCUUGAAAUGUUCUUUUUCCUUACUGGGUAUUGCUUUUGGCACAAGAACAAAACCGACAGCGCAAGAGGAAGGCUGCCAGCAAAAUGAUCAUGAGAAAAAGGAUUAAACCUAGUUUAACUUUCUAAAAGUGACCGAUUUACAUUAGCAGUUUGCCAGGGACAAAAUGAAUGUGCCGGGCAGCGUGCAUUGUGGUGAACAGAGAAGUGAAAAUUGUGGAAUAAGCCUCAUCGUGCAAAGAAUUUUGCCUUUUCCACUCACCAGUGAAGACUGAUCGUAGCUCUGCAGGAUCAGGCUUUAUAUGAUCUGCUCUUCAAAUUUAAGAUUUCAAUUCUUUGAAUCAUGAGUGGUAAAAGGGUAAUACAUCAAAUAAGCCCUGCAUCUCUUUGAGGUGCCAUUUCCUUACUUCUUCUGAACUCAUUUGUGGCUCUUUAAUGAGUUGUACUCCACACAUUUUUUAUGUCCUCUUAAAUAAAAUGUGUGUGGCUCUUGGCAAUGCAGCCUAUAUACUGAUAACAUCUGAGUGACUUUGUGCUAAAUUCUAAUUAAGACACUUAAUUGAGCCUCCAGUUGCUACUAUGUCUACAUGAGCAGCAGCUGGGGACCACCUAAUCAUGCAAAGAUCUGUGCUACUUUCCCUAUGUUUAUUUAAAGAGCUUUACGUGACACUCUACUUUCUUUAUGACAAAUUCCCUUGAAAUAUUGGACAAUGAAUGGAAGCAGCAUGGAGACCUUUUGGCUAUUCCUAGACAACCAUCUGAGUAUUCUGUAAGCAAUAUUAAAGCUCCCUCUUUGAGCCUUAGGUCAAAAUCCUUUCUUAUGUGGCACAGAAAAAUAGCAACACGCUUCUUUCUUGAAAGCCUCUACUAUUAGAAAGGCUCAACUGUCAGAAGAAAUGUGUUACACAGAUCUCACUACCCUUAUUUGCUACUACAUCCUUCACUUUGGGACUUCGUUACACAUCAGGAACUCCAAUGGCAGUCAUCUAUCUGUCAGCAUCAGAAGGAGACAUUUGUGCCAAGAUCUGAGCCCCAGAGUGAGACUUUGAACCCAGCGGGCUGGUAAACACCCAGGACAGCACGGCUGGACUCAGUGCCGCUCUCAGAGCAGCUCGGGUCAGGCUCCGCACAAGCACUCAGCUUCUGAGAAACGUUUACACUUGAGUAAAUUAAACAGAAACACAAACAACACCUCACAAGCCCGGACCUUUCAAAGUCUUUUUGCCCCCAAAGCCUACUUAGCCAUGCUUACAUACAAUUCAAGCAUACAGUAGCCAAACUUCUACUGUAUUUCAAAGCUGCUGCAUCUUGGUUUUGUGCAGGGCCCAGCUCCGCUGAUACGGUUUCAGCUGAUAAGAUUAUUCUGGUAAGCGGGGCUUAACCUUGGAAAACAAAGAGCGGUUUGAAACGCAGCGCUCACCCUCCCUUCCCUCACAGCACACGGACGCGCAGCCCGCUUUCCCUUCCCUCCCAUUUGGAGCCCCACCCGCGGCAGUAACCCCGCCGAGGCCAUUCCCCACGCGCACCGCGGCGCUCCCACGCGGCGGCGGGCGGAGCGGCAUCGCGGAGCGCCGAGCUGCCCCGCCACCUGCCGGCACGGCACGGAGCUCCGGGAAUCGCCGCGCAGCUCUAACAGAGCUCCGCGAGCCCAGGCCGCUGCAGGGCUGCGCUCUGCUGGCGCUCGCGCGUCGGCCCGGCGGAGACCCUGGCAAUGCCGAGGGAGGUCAGGGGAGCGUCAGGUCCGAAUUCUCCUUCCAGCCCAGGCCUGUUACGCUGCGUGGCGCACGCCCCGUGAGCAUUAGCUGCUUAUUUACGUUCAGUAGACGCCGAUAUUCAGGUCUACGUGAGGGUAGUGCCGCCUUUAUGAACCAGCAGCACGCGUGGGUAAUCGCUCCUUAAACCCCCGGGGCUAACGGAGUCUCCGGAGAUACAUCUCCCGUGCAAAAUCCAUUGCCACAAAUUAUCCGAGUCCGCCAGAGAUUCCUCUCACGGAAGCACCGUACGGCGAGCCUCUGCUACCGCAGUCUGCUCGCGAUCAGAAGCGCACCCACGUACGAACGCGGCGCCAUUUUCCACGCGCCCUGAGCAGCGCCUGGCGGCAUGGCGCCUCUCCUUUCCCCCUUCGGCAGCCGCUGAGCUGCAGAGGGCCGGCACCGCCAUUCUGUUCCCGGCUCCGAGCACAGCGGCGGAACGGAGAGAGCGCGGACUGACAAACGUGCCGGUCAUGCCGGGAGCGAACGUGGCAAAAGGGAAGGCGGCGCGGCGGGGCAGCCCUUUGUUCGGGGGGACCGAGGCCAACCCGCGCUGCCCGCAGUCCCGCGAGGCCCGGCGCUCGCCCCGCAAUCCCCGCCGGAAGCAGCCGCGCCGGGAGGGGCGGGGCUGUGUGGCGGCCAUGGCGGCGUGCGGCGCGGAGGAGCGGCAGCGGGCGGGACGGCUCUCGGCGCUGUCGGUGUACCGCCGGGCGGCGGGGCCCGGGCGGCUGGAGCGGCGCCGCCGCGGGACGCCGCUGCCCGCGGGCGGUAAGCGGAACAAAGCGCGGCUGAGGCGCGGCGCGGCGGGAGGAGGCGGCCCGGAGCGAGCUGCGCCGCCGCAGAGCGCCGCCGUCCCCAACCGCGUGGAGCGGGCCGGGAGCCCCGAAGCCAAGCGGGGAGACCUUAAGACGAAAGCGAGCGGCCCGCCGGCCGACGCUCCGGCCGGAAACCUCGAAACCAAGUCGCCAGGAGGCCCUUUGACGACCUCGGGCGGCCCGCGGGCCGAGACUCCGGCCGGGAACCCCGAAGCAAAGCCGCCCGGAGACCCCGCAACGAGCCCGGGCGGCGGAGGCGUGCCGGGGCUGCUCCGGCGGCUGGGGCGGCUGGAAGACAGCCGGCGGCGGGCGGCAGAGCUGUUCCGGUGGCUGGUGGCGCCGGUGGCACCGGAGGAGUUCGCGAGGCGGCACUGGGAGCGGGCGCCGCUGCUCGUGCAGCGGGGUGACCCCGGCUACUACGCGGGGCUGUUCUCCACGGCUGACUUCGACGCCAUUCUGCGCAGCGGUGACGUGCGCUUCGGGACCCACCUGGACGUGACCAGCUAUGCUGAGGGGGUGCGGGAGACGCACAACCCCGUGGGCCGGGCGCUGCCCGCCGUCGUCUGGGACUUCUACCAGAACGGGUGCUCCCUGCGGCUCCUCAGCCCCCAGGCCUUCUCCACCACUGUCUGGCACUUCCUCUCCAUCCUGCAGGAACACUUUGGGAGCAUGGCCGGGGCCAACACCUACCUCACGCCGCCAGGCACGCAGGGCUUCGCCCCUCACUACGAUGACAUCGAGGCCUUCGUGCUGCAGCUGGAGGGCAAGAAGCACUGGCGCGUUUACAGCCCCCGGACGAGCUCAGAGGCACUGCCCCAGUUCUCCAGUGCAAACCUCACGCAGGCAGAGCUCGGUGAGCCCCUGCUGGAAGUGGUGCUGGAGGCUGGAGACCUGCUAUACUUUCCCCGGGGCUUUAUCCACCAGGCCGACUGUCUGCCGGACGCACACUCGCUCCACAUUACAGUCUCCUCCUACCAGAGGAACUCCUGGGGAGACUUCUUGGAGAAGCUCCUUCCUGCUGCCCUGCAGAUGGCCCUGGAGGAGGAUCUUGAGUACCGGCAAGGGCUUCCCAUGGACUGCCUGGGGUACAUGGGGGUUGCCAACUCAGAUGCAGUCGAUGCUCGCCGAACAGCAUUUGUGGAGAAAGUGCAGCACCUGAUAAAGAAACUUGUUGACUAUGCACCCAUUGAUGCUGCCAUGGAUCAGAGGGCUAAGUCGUUUCUUCACGACUGUCUCCCCCCAGUGCUUACACAAAGUGAGAAACAGCUGAGCGUGUAUGGCUUUCCAGCCCGGUGGCAUGAUGGAGGGCCUCGCAAUGUUGAUAUACUAAUAACAAAAGACACAGAAGUACGUCUUCUCCAUCAUGGCAUUGUUAGAUUGUGCAACGAAGAAGCAGGCGUGAUGCUAUAUUACACAACAGAGAACUCAAGAGUGUAUCAUAAGGAAGACCCCAAGUACCUUGAGAUAGAUCCUGAGUACACAGACAGUAUUGAAUUUCUCCUGUCCUCCUAUCCAAACCACGUCACCGUGGAUACCCUCCCAUGUGAUGCCUUGGAGGACAAGAUUUCUCUAGCCACGCUCCUGUUUGAGAAGGGCAUUCUGACUACUAAGAAGCCACUGGUGCAAGUGUAACUCUUAUUUUUUAACAAAAUAAAAAUACAUUUGUUUAGAAAA